AUGCCGAAAAGCAAGAGCUAGAUCUCAGAAGAUGACUUCUACCGGCCUCCCCGGGAGCAACCCCCAGAAAGAGCUUCGGAUUGCCCCGUAGCUUCUUCCAGAGGGCCUCCAGAGGCAAGGCCUGGUCUCCACAGGCAUUUUUCUCAAGAACCAAGAAAAAGCUGCUCCCUGGGGGCAUUAGACAAAGCGUGUGUGCCUUCCCCAGGAAGCAGGAAAAGCAAGGCAGCCCCAGCGCAGGAGCAUAGGAACUUCUGGGUGGUGCACCGGAGGCAGAUGGGGCUGUCCAACCCGUUCCGGGGCCUCAUGAAACUGGGCACAGUGGAGCGGCGGGAGGCAAUGGGCAUCUGGAAGGAACUCUUCUGCGAGCUCUCCCCACUGGAAUUCCGCCUCUACCUGAGCGAUGAGGAGCGCACCUGUGUAGAGAACUGCUCCCUGCUGCGCUGCGAGGCUGUGGGGCCGGCCCACAGUGACGGGCGCUUCGAGCUGGUGUUCUCUGGCAAGAAGCUGGCCUUGCGAGCCUCGUCCCAGGAUGAAGCCGAGGACUGGCUGGACCGCGUGCGGGAGGCCCUGCAGAAGGCCCGGCCUCAGCCGGAGGAUGAGUGGGUGAACAUCGAGUACCCGGACCAGCUUGAGGGGCCCCCUGAGGGGCCCCAGGGUGACCGCCCCUCUCACCUGGACCUGCCCUCGGAGCCUGCGACCCUCCAGGGCACGCAGUUUGACUGGUCAUCUGCCCAAGUUCCAGAGCCAGACGCUAUUAAGGAGUCCCUUCUGUACCUGUACAUGGACAAGACCUGGGUGCCCUAUAUUUUUUCCUUGUCCUUGGAGUCUUUGAAAUGCUUCCAUGUGAAGCACGAGAAGAUGCUGAGCGACAGCCAUGGCAUUGAGACCAUCCGAGAAAUCCUGCCAGACCCGAGCCUCGGGGGCCCGUCCUUCUUUAAAAUCAUCACGGCCAAGGCCGUCCUGAAGCUGCAGGCUGGGAAUGCUGAGGAGGCGGCCCUGUGGAGGGACCUGGUCCGCAAGGUCCUGGCGUCCUACCUGGAGACAGCUGAGGAGGCAGUGACACUCAGCGGGAGUCUGGAUGAAAACUGUCAGGAGGUGCUGAAGUUCGCCACGCGGGAGAACGGCUUCCUACUGCAGUACCUGGUGGCCAUCCCCACGGAGAAAGGCCUCGACUCCCAGGGCUGCUUCUGUGCAGGUGCUGACUUGCUCUCCGGCCACCCAUACCCUGCCAGCCAGCCUCGCUCUGCCUCCUGCGGGGUCCUGAUUUAGGCUCUCCACACUUCCUGCCUCCCUGCAAGUACCCCGUCCCUCCCCUGGGAUGGGGCAGCAGAUGAGGCUUGACCUGUGGCCUCUACUCCACCCCAGCACACACUGGGGCUGGCUCUCCUGCUCAUAGGCAGGGCGCCCUGCUCUCCUUCCCCUCCCGCCCCCUCCUGCUGGGGGGUGGGACCUGGGGUGGCAGCUGUGCCACCUGCUGCUGCUCUGGGAGUCCCACCCCCUUCAUCUUCUUCUUACUGUGCUGUCACAUUCUUUCAGAGCAGGGGCAUGAUAUCCUUCCAAAUAUUUCUGCAAACUUUUUGCAAGUGGACACAAUUUUUUAAAUUAUAAAAAGGAGCUCAUGCUAUUCAGUGCUGUCCAACAGA